AUGACUGACUAUAACAUCUUACCAUUUAUAAUUAAAAAGAAAUUAGAAGGUACAACAGUAGAAACACAAAAAUUUUUUGAUUUACCUGAAGAAAUGGAUGAUUUGGUAGAUGAUGAUGUUACUCUUAAUCAUCUCCAAACAAAUUAUUUAAGAGAAUGGGCAUCAUUUUUAGAAAAAACAUUUUUAAAUUUCAAUUGGACAGAAAACGCUAAAGUACACACAUACACGCAAAGAACCCUUUUUACACCAAAACAAAUUGAAAACUUAUUACUCGAAUAUAAAAGAGUAAAUAACCCAUACAUUGUAGAGUAUAGAGGUUACAGACCUUAUAAUAAAGUAAUCAAAAGUAUAAUUUUAGGAACACUCCUUUGUGUAAUCAUUGAUAUUAGGGUUGUCCCUUGGACGAUUGUAACUUAUUAUUAUACUCAAAGUAUACAAGAAACUAUGGAAAAAUUAACUGAAAACAAAAAUUCAAAUAUUCCAAAGAAGGAAUAUAAUACACAAACCAAUCUUAAGAUCGAAGAUCUUUCAAUCUGCGAAUAUAAUGAGGAUACGGAUAAAUUACCUUUUGCAAAAGCUUCACCUGACGUUGUAGAAAAUACUAAUGAGAACAAAGAACAUAAUUCGUUUAAGAUUGAAGAUCAUUUAAUCUGUAUAAGAAACGACAUAAGUUACAAAGAUUAUGAAGAUACGGAUACGUUAUUGAUCUACUUUGCAAAAGUUUCCCCCGGCGGUGUAAAAUCUAUUAAUAAUGUCAACAAUGAAAGAAUUAUAGUAUCUUAUGACGCCAAUAACAAGAUAGUAUCUAUUGAAAUAUUGGAAGCUUUUGGUACUCAAGCAACACUACCACUUACUUUUUAUCCUGUUUACUAUAAAAAGCAUGACAAAUUAAUGUUAUAUUUUGUCGAUAUCAAUUCAACUAAUAUCUCAACUUUUGAACCACAAGAAACCAAAGAAAAGGAUUUUGAAGUAGUGAUGGAUGAUGAAAAAAUUGUUCUAUUAUUGUUUCACAACGUUAGUAGCAGAAUAGCGAAAACGUUGCCUGAAGAGGAACAGAAUUGA